AUGAAAUAUUAUAUUCUAUCAGCAAUAUUAAAAAGAAUAAUUUUAAUUAAAAUAAUUUUUUUGGAAACUACAAAUUUUGCUUCGAGUCAAGCAAUAACACCCCCAUGUUCUUGUUCAAAUGUUAACCCAAAUUUUGGUACAAAUUCAAAUAUACCACAACAAUUAUGUGUUCCUCCCUUAGCUUAUGAUCAAAAAAGUGUUUGGCUAACUUGGAAUAAACCUGAUAAUUAUGAAAAUAUUGCUGAUUUUAAUGUUUAUAUGGGUGGAAAGAAAAUUGGAAGUGCUAAAGCAAAUUCAGCUGUAAAUACUUUGUCUGGCCCUUAUAUUCAAAAUUUUUAUAAAAAUGAUUUAAACAAUUUCCAUACAAAAAUACUUUUUACAACAUAUUUAGUUACUGGACUUAAUCCAAACACAAUAUACACAUUUACUGUUAGGGCUGUAGAUGCAAAUGGUGCUGAAUCUGGAAAUAGUAAUCAAGUUGUUGUUAAAACUGCUGAAAAUUAUGGAAAGAUUGUCGAUAUAACAACAGUCGGGGCGAAAGGAGAUGGAACUACAUUAAAUACACAAGCAAUACAAAAAGCUAUAGAUUCAUGUUCAACCUCAACUUCAGCUUUUGGAUGUAAAGUUUCAAUUCCAAAAGGAACUUUUCUAAGCGGGCCUUUAUUUUUACGUUCACAAAUGACUUUUGAAUUGGCCAAUGGGGCUAUUUUACGUGCAACUUCUAAUCCUUCUAAAUUUCCAAAUAUAGUAAAGCCUAGGGACCAAGUUUCCAAGUUUCAGCCUAAGAGCCUAGUUCAAAACAAAACACUUCCAAACAAAUUAAAUAUGUUUAUUUUCCAAAUUAAAUUAAAUCCAAUAAUAAAAAGCGAUCCAAUAAUAAAGCCACCACAAUAA